AUGGUGUUAAAAGCAGAAUACACUAAGAGCCCAAGUGCAACUCUCCCCUCCAGCAUGCCCUUGAGCAGGUCUGUGUCAUCCAGCGAGGAUGGCCCCAGUAGCCACUCCAGCCUCUCAGAUAGGGAGCUGGUCCGGAACUUACAGGAUAACAUCAAGCACCGCAUCCUCCACCUCUCAGAGCAGCUGAGAGUGGAAAAGAACAAUAGGGAUGAGAACACCAUGGGCUAUAUCAAGUUGGUGUCCAAAGCAGACCAGCUCCAGGCCCCCCACAUCCGGCAGGCCUUCGAGAAGGUGAACCAGCGUGCCUCUGCCACCAUUGCCCGGAUUGAAAGAAGGCUCCAUCAGUGUCACCAGCAGCUGCAGGACCUGGAGAAGGGCUGCUGGCCCAAGGAACACAGCCCAGACCACGGCCAGCAGCCCAGUGAGAAUACCCCACUUUCAGAGCCCCCCAAGCCAGGUGAGGAAGACUGCCUGUCCACCAACCUGUCUGACAUCAUCAGAUAUUUCCCUCUGGAGAGUGACUUCCCAGCCUUUCAUCAGGGGAAGUCCUCAGAGACAAAGCGUGUGGCCCAGCAGCAAAACCUACUGUUGCAGAAGGUGAAGGAAGAGCUGAAAGAAGUAGAAAAGUUACACCUCAGCCUCCAGGUGUCCUACCAGAGCCUAAAGGAGAGGUACCUGACAGACCUGCAGGUGUUGCUGGAGUCCCUUCAGGAAGAGAAAUGCAGACAUGUGUUGCUGGAAGAACUGGUGAAUGUGUAUCUGCAGGAGCAUCUGAAUGAAAUUUAUCACCUCAAACAGAAUCUGGCCUGUGCUGAAGAGAAAAUGGUCUAUCUGUCCUAUGAGAGAGCCAAGGAAAUGUGGGAGGUCAUGGAGAUUUUCAAGAGUCGUAUAUCCAAGCUCGAAACUCUACAGCAAAUGACCCAACUGGAGAUGACAGAAAGCCGUCCCUGGUUUAUAUUCCGAUUUGUGGCCCUGCUCCUCACACUGGCCACCCUCCUCUUGGUCUUCACCUGCACUGUGUGCGCCAGCCCCUUGCUGCUGGUGAAUUCACACCUGCAUGUGUGUACUAUGCUCGUGCUGAUCGGGCUCGGGGCCCUGGCCUGGCAGAAGUGGCAUGCCAUCCUUGCCUUGCACUGGCAGGCCUGGGUCCCCUCCAGAUAGAGACUGUAUUCCAAGGACUCCAAUCCA